AAACCAAAUGGGGAAUCUAUUAAAAGUGCUCACUUGCACUGAGCUUGAGCAGGGGCCAAACUUUUUCCUUGACUUUGAAAGUGAGCACAGCUUUUGCUUGGCCUGGGUUCUUCUCCCUUCUGUAGAUCUUUACCUCUGUAGAGCUACAGUACUUUACUAACCAGGGUUUUGGGACAAUUCCAUUACAAUUAGCUUCCAAUAAGGAUAUUUUCUUUCAUUGGCUGAAAUGAACUGGAAUUGACUCUGACCUUUUUACGAACCUACCUGCAUGCUUCAUAGUCUCUCUGCUCCUAGAAUAGCCCAUUGCUUGCCUAUUGUCGAUAUCAUCUAACCAAGUGAUAUCUGUUUAAAAGCCUACUUUUUUGCACGCACCAUUUGUCAUCUUCCUCAUAAUGUCUCAUGCCAGCAAAUUAUGCAUUAUAUAUAUAUAUAUAUAUAUAUAUAUAUAUAUUUAUUUAUUUAUUUUUAGAUGUUGUCGUAUUUUACGUCCUGAUGAUAUCCUGACCUUCUAUUGCUCUUUGCUUGUCCUGCUAGUAGAGAUCUUAGACUAGGCCCAGAUGUAGUUCGAACUAGCAUAGUGGUUGUAAACCAGAGUGUCUCAUGUUGCAUGCAUUCAUGUAUCUCCAUUGCUUCAUUGCCUUGCACUCUUCCUAAACAUAAUAUAGGUUAGAAACAACAGCUGAACUGUUAACAUAUUAAAAUAUCCUGUUUUUGGCUUAAAGUCACACAGAAAUGGGGGAUGCACUCACACCAAGCAGAUUCCUUAGUGAUAACCUUAUUAAUUCCCUCUUGUUGUCAUAGUGUCAACAUCACUCUUUUUUAAAAUCUACCACAGAGGAAGUUGAUGGAGGGGAAUUUCUUACAAUGCAAAUACUCUCCACAGUCAUAGUAUUUUAGCUGAUGUUCUAUAUUUAGCCUUUGUCUGAAAAUAAUGUAGGCUACUGACUGUGUGUUAGCUGCAGCUUAUAAUAUGAAAAUGCCAUGAGUAUGCUUUUGAAAAGCUAGCCUUCUAAAGGGCAGAGCUGUAAGCCUCAGCCUGCUGUAGCUUCAUAGGGAGGAGCAGGUCAUGCUGCUUUAAUACCGUAAGAUACCAUGCUGCUGACCUGUUUACCACAGAGUAGCCUUGCUUUGUCUAGUCAUGGUUUAGAUUUAGUCUAGCUUUGAUUCCAGAGAUAUUCAUGUUUGUCGUGCUUGCUGAAUGUUUUAUAAUUCCCUCACUAAAGUAAAUUGAUAGCAUUCUAUUAAUUGCUUAGAAGUUGUAUUACGGUGCGAGAAAAUGGCCUAUAUGUACGUGAUUAUUUUUGACAAACCGAUAAAGGCAUACACAUUGAAACUUCCCAAUUCUUGUAAACGUACAGUUUGCCUCAUCACAUUUAAUCUUUGAAAACCAAAGUGUCAAUGUGUAGGAGUUUCAUGUACAGUGUUUUGUUGUCUAUGUGCUGCCUGCUAGCUAGCCAGGCUAACUGUUGUUGUUGUGUGUCAGAUGCACAGCCUACAGACUGUGAGAGGGAGGUAUGGAACCAGGUGAACACGGUGCUCCAGGACUCUGAGAGCAUUCUCUCUGGCCUACAGGCCUACAAGGGAGCAGGACAGGAGAUACGAGAUGUAUGUAUAUCUACUGGAUAAUGCUGACACACACUCACAAACAGUCGUAGACAUAAGCUAUUCAUAUUCAGUACACUCACAAAUGUGCGCACACACACACAAACUGAAACAAACCUAUACAUUUAUCGUUCAAUUAAUGAUCUCAAAAUGAUUUCCAAUUCUCUGACCUGUUUUUUUAAAUAUUCCAUAUAGAUUAUGUAUAUUUAACCAUGGUGUCUGUCUGUCUGUGUGUCCCCAGGCCAUUCAGAACCCCAAUGACAUGCUCCUACAGGAGAGAGCAUGGAACUCAGUCUGCCCCUUAGUCAUACGGCUCAAAAAGUUCUACGGCUUCUCGCUGAGAUUAGGUAAAUCCAACAUUCAUCCCUCCACGAAGAAGCACAGAGGGGAUGACAUUUAGAAUUACUGUCAAAAGCCAAUAAAUCCAAUUUUGUGAUGGUGCUAUACUAUUAUUGUAAAGGGAUUCUUUGGUAAUUUUGUAUACUUUUUUAGGCAGUUGUUCUGAAAGUAGCGCUUACGAGCUAAAAGUGGUCCCCGAAAAUUGCGUACUACGUCACACAUGUGCAGAUAUGAGCACCACGUCAUUGCUCUCUCGCUUUGCUGUGGGUGCAAGAUGUGCCUCUUGCUAGAUGUGGCUAAUUGAGGUAAAACAGUAAUUCUGCAAAAAAAUGAUGCAUGUAUAAACUACAUAUUGACACAUCCAGCCCAAAGCGGGAGGUAGAAAAAAUACUUAGUAUUCGCCAAAGUUCGGGAGCAUGUCUUUUAAGUGUAGUCUUUUUCACAUUUGAGACCUGAAAACUGUUUUAAUCAACCUAGCCUCAUUCCUUCUCCUGGUGUGUGUAGAGAGGGCCAUGCAUAGUCUGCUAGAGAGCCUGGCGUGUUUAAAACCUUACUCGUGUUUGUAAUGUAAUAUCUGUGUGUUUCUCCUCCUGUAGAGAAGGCUCUUCAGAGCCUGCUGGAGUCCCUGACGUGUCCCCCCUACACCCCCACCCAGCACCUGGAGAAGGAGCAGGCUCUGGCCAAACAGUUUGCUGAGAUCCUCCACUUCACCCUGCGCUUUGAUGAACUCAAGGUCAGACUGACAUAUCACUGCUAUUGGAACGCUACAUCGUCAAACAACACUUUCAUUACACACACACACACAUCAUUUCAAGCUGUUCAUUUUUCUGUAGAAGUGCAAUGUUUGCACCUGUUUUAUUCCCUCCGGUAAAUAAGAGUUCCCAUAUUGUCUGUGUUGGGACUAAAUGAUUGUCCUCUCUUUCAGAUGAGAAUUCCUGCCAUCCAGAAUGACUUCAGUUAUUACAGAAGGACAAUCAGUCGAAACAGGAUAAACAACAUGAAUGUGAGUCAGAGAAAGCGCUGUCAUAUCUAGGGUUUCAAAAAUCCUGUAACUUUCCCAAUCCUGCAACCAGGAUUUCUGAAAAACUUGGCAAUUUUGGGGACGUUACCAGAAUGUUUGUGACUGAAUAGCUUGUCGGUUUUUGGUUCGCAGUCUGAACUCCUUUGUCGUUGCCAUCCAGUCUCGUCUGCCUUGAAGCUAAAGAUGGAUCAGAUAUUGACACUGACAGUCUGCUUUACUCUUGUCCUGUCUUGUCUCUAGUUGGAUAUAGAGAGCGAGGUCAACAAUGAGAUGGCCAACAGAAUGUCACUGUUCUACGCCGAGGCGACACCCAUGCUGAAAACCUUAAGCACAGCUACGACAAGCUUUGUAACAGAGGUAAGAAACUGCUCCUCUCCUCCUUGUUGUCAGCUGCUCUGUGGUAAGAUUUGAUGUUAAGAUUUGUGUUCACUUAAGUUGAUAGCAGCACCGUCCGUUAGCGUUUAGUGGUGUUCACUGUUAAGUGUAGUCAUCGUGUUCAGUCUGAUUUUAAGGCAAGUUGGUGUUAUGUUGAUAAUAGUCCCCAUGUUCUAUCCCCCCCCCCCCCCCCAGAAUAAGACAUUACCCCUGGAGAACACCACUGACGUUCUCAGCACCAUGGCCAGCGUCUGUAAAGUCAUGCUGGAGACACCGUGAGUUGACUUGACAUGUAGACAUUUUAGCAGAGCGACAUUCCAGGGGAAAUAUAUCCAGAGCGACCGUCUGUUUAUUGAUGCCACUCAACGUGUACUUUGAAUUGACACGUGUGUGUGUGUGUGUGUAUGUCGGUGUCUUUCUCUCCAGGGACUACACGAGCAGGUUCAACAGUGAGGACACGCUGCUGUUCUGUAUGAGAGUGAUGGUUGGAGUCAUCAUCCUGUACGACCACGUCCAUCCCAACGGCGCCUUCAACAAGUCCUCCAAGAUUGACGUGAGAACCUCCUCUCUAAUAUAUACUGAUACCAUAAUACCCUGAAGGCCCAAUCUUACCCUAAUGUUAGCAAUGUAAUUCCCUCUUUCGUCUAAAUCACGUCAAUGGAAAAUGUGGGUGAGUGUCUAUUUCGAAUGCUUUAAAUGUGUAUUUCAAGAUACAUUUUUUUUAUUUUUCGUCAGAUGAAGGGAUGCAUAAAGGUCCUGAAAGAACAACCAGCAGAUAACGUUGAAGGUCUCCUGAACGCCCUCAAGUAAGUCUCUAGCCUCACCUCGGUUUAGUACUUCUCUGAGGAGGAUACAGGCAAUGUCAAAUCUUACUAAAGUUUCUGAAUUUAAAUGCCAAAUUAUUUCUUAAUGGUGCCGUGGUAGGAGUGCUAUUUACAAUGUUCGAGAAUGGUAGGCAGGGUGCUUUUUGUAUAAAGCGUGUUUCUUGGCAAUACAGCAAACAAUCCAUGUGCCUCUUGUAUAUCUUUUAAAAGCCUUUAGUAAUAUGGCAUAUUUUAAUAGAAAAGGCCAUGUCAUGUAGGUGUUUCAGUCCUAUGGCCUGCUUCAAAUUAGUCUGCUCUCUCUUUCAGGUUCACCACGAAACACCUGAAUGACGAGUCCACUCCAAAAAACAUCCGAACGAUGCUUCAGUAACAUUUUUUGAUAUAAAGAGGAUCAAUGUACUGACCUCAAAAAAAGAUGUAUAUGUUUACAUAAUUUAAGACUGGAUGUUAAUACUUGUGUAUUUACAUAGUCAUUCCCUCCAAGUUACUGAAACAUAUAGAACUUGUACCUUUUUACUUAGAAAAAUGAAUUGGCUAUACUGUAAUUCUGUUGAAGCACAAAUUGUGGGUAUACCUUUCAGCCUUACAAACUGAGCUUGGCAAGCAGCACUUGGAGAAACAAGCACUCUGGUUGGCUCCUGUGAGUGAGCAGGCGAAUGAAAGGAGCUUCAUCAUUGGUGGUUCAGUGUCAACAGAAGCUGAAUUCCAAAUUGACCCCCAACCUGGUCCCAGAUCAUUUUGCGCUGUCUUCCUAACGCCUAUGGUUGUUCAUUGUUGGCAAGACAGCACAAACUGAU